AUGGAGCAACUUGAACAAGCCGAACACUCCGAACACUCUGAAACUUCCGAACCCUCCCUGUUCCAGGCCAUCACCACAAGCGCAUCUGCUUCUAUUCUCACCACCAACGACCGCCCAUCCAGCACCACCCGAUCCGGGAGCGAAGGUACCUCUCAGACCACCACCAGCCUCCCCAGCACCGACGACGAAGAUCCGCCCCCCGAUAAAAGAGUCCGAUUCCUAUUGGAAACCCCGUGGCGACUAGGAGAAUCUACAUUAGACGCCUGGAAUUGCCUGCGCACCAUCCAGCCUCACCGCGAACCUGUGCUGCGCACAGAAAUCAGCAUCCGCAAUGCGCCCAACCUAUUCAGGUUCCUGAACAGCCAUCCUCCACAGCGUGAGGCGUUUCUUCUACAAGCGGUUGGCGACAAAGCACCCGAUCCUUGCAAGCGGUGCGCCAGGGGCGCGGGCCAAUUCGUGGGCUGUGUCGCUCUGUCAGACAUGUUCCAGGGCUCCUGUGCCAAUUCACAGCACUAUGCAAGGGAGGCGCAUUUCGCUCGUGCUGCUAACAAAAGCCUGCUAGGGUCGCCGGUUGCCGCUAAUGUCCAGGCUCGCGGCGUGAGUCGCUUUCACUUUCAUGAAACUACUGUCUCGGGUGAGGUGUCCGUGUGGCAGGAUGAAGCCGUGCAGCUCGCGUUGCAGCGUCCGGACUGA